AUGGCAACCACUAGAUUGUUGCGCUCCUCUAGGCCAAUUCAACUUCCUUCUUCUUCUACUACUACUUCUUCUUCGAUUAUGAAAUGUAUAAGGUACCAAAGUAGGGCUAGUUUCAAUGAAGAUCAUAACAUAGCUUCUAAAGGAGAAAGAAAACCGGUGGUGGCCGUGAAGGCAUCGUUGGCUGCCACCGACCACAUAUCUACAUCAAAACCAGUGGUUCGUCAAGGAUUGUUAGAUAUAGCUGUGUUUAUAGCAAGUAUUCGCAAUGCUAUGCUGGUUCUUUUGCGGGUCGCGGUCAAAAGGAAGCGUUGGAAUUUACAUCCCCAGAUGCUCAUUGAAAGGGCAAUAAUCGAUUGCAGGUUUUUUACAUUGUUCGCCGUAGCAGGAUCUUUACUUGGCUCGGUAUUGUGUUUUGUUGAGGGUUGCCUUCUUGUUAUCGAGUCAUACGCGCAUUAUUUCCAUACGUUGUCUCAAAGGUUGGAUCAAGGACACGUGGUGCAUCUACUUAUCGAAGCCAUAGACAUGUUCAUGGUAGGAACUGCCUUGCUCAUUUUUGGGGUGGGUUUGUACGUCAUGUUUGUGGCAUCAAUGACUGCUAGGAAAGAAAAAGAACCAUGGCUUUGUGGAUCAAACUUGCUGGGUCUCUUCUACAUGAAGUCACCUCCUCGGUGGGUAGGGAUGCAAUCAAUUGAACAGGCGAAGUCGAAGAUUGGGCAUGCGGUGAUGAUGAUUCUUCAAGUGGGACUAUUAGAGAAGUUCAAGGAUAUUCCCUUAGUCACAGGCCUUGAUCUUGCUUGUUUCGCUGCAGCUGUACUCACAUCCUCAGCUUCAAUUUUUGUCCUCUCUAGGCUUCAUAGAUAUUGACGUAAAGUUAGCUUGGAAUUAAUAUUCCAACUUCAUAUUUUUGCCAUAAAUUUAUAGAACACGCUAUUUCUUUCG